AUGCACUACGAGACCCCGUUCUUUCCGAUGGCUGCAUGGUGGCCAACGGCUCCUGCUCUCCAUUUACCCCCAAGGACAGCCGUCCGGGUGUAUCCCGAGGAGCCAACCGCCGCGGCGACGCUAUCGUUCACCCCCUCCACGACGGACGGACACUUCUGGACGGUAUUUCGCACGUACCUCGUUGAAACACUGCCCCUGUUGGACGCUGGUGGUACAGCGCUAUGGUUGGUCAUCCAGGCGUCUCUUACAGGGGGUUCUAUCAUGUUCAAUGCUGGGCCGGUGACUCUCCCAGGGGCCGGGAAAGAGGAGCUUCACGCCCACCUGGCUUCGACAUUGCAAAUGCUUCAGAAGUACAACAUGGCCUAUGACUACUCAGUCAACGCCUUCCCAACAUAUCAUGCUUCUGUGGCAGGAACCGCAGUCAAUUUAACCGAUAUGCACGUCGGCGGCCGUCUAAUCCCCCGGUCAACUCUCGAGUUCAACCCCGAUGGCUUCAUUUCCGCCAUUCGGCGCAUCCUUGAAUAUGACGCUGCUUUCUCAGGCUUCUCCAUGAACCAGCAUCGUGCCCACGAAAGACUUUCCGCCAAUAACGCCGCCAAUCCAGCCUGGCAGAAGGCCGCAGUCUCUGCGGUGCUUAGAAUUCCAUUCAGCCACACCAAUCGCCAAGCCAACCUGGACGGUCAAAAGCUCAUGACCAAGGCGCUGAUGCCCCUUCUCGAGGCUCCGACUCCCCCGGGCGAAGUCUCUGGCGCGUACCUCAACGAAGCGGACUUUAACCAGCCAGACUGGCAAUCAGUCUUUUACGGCGCCAACUACGACCGCCUCCGGGAGAUCGAGGAUAAGUAUGACCCGGACCAGGACUUGUACGCGCGCACUGCAGUGGGGAGCGAGAGGUGGGGGAGCAUGAGGACGGUCACUUAUGCCCGGCUGUUUGAGAGAAAGAAAGCAUAUGGUUAUACACCGACAUAG